UAAUUUGACUAUACCCAUCAGGAUGAUUCGAAGUAUUUUAAGCAGACAACUAAAGAAGCACUCUUUUAAGAGACUAAUUUCAACGACUGGAGCAUGCCAUGCUGAAUUUUGCGAUACUGUAGACGAAGCUAUCAGAGACAUUAAGGAUGGAGACAAGCUUCUCGUGGGAGGGUUUGGAUUGUGUGGAAUACCAGAAUAUCUGAUAGACGGGUUACAAAAUAAAGGUGUAAAAGAUCUCACAUGUGUAUCCAACAAUGCAGGAGUUGAUGAUUUCGGUCUGGGUUUGUUACUGCAGAACAAGCAGGUAAAGCGGAUGAUUAGUAGUUACGUGGGAGAGAACGCUGAGUUUGAGCGACAGUUCCUUACUGGGGAGCUAGAGGUGGAGCUCACACCUCAGGGAACACUAGCAGAGCGUAUUAGAGCAGGUGGUGCAGGAGUACCAGCAUUCUUUACACCUACAGGAUACGGCACUCUGAUACACAAGGGAGGCAGCCCUAUCAAGUAUAAUAGUGAUGGAACUGUACAGAUUACUUCUGAACCCAGAGAGGACCGUGUAUUUAACGGGAGGAACUACAUCAUGGAGGAAGCUAUAACGGGGGAUUUUUCUCUGAUAAAAGCACACAAAGCGGACGAGGCAGGGAACCUUACUUUCAGACUAACUGCUAACAAUUUCAACCAACCAAUGGCCUCUGCUGGCAAAAUUACUAUCGUUGAGGUAGAAGAGAUUGUACCACUGGGAUCAAUCCCUCCAGAAGAUGUACACGUCCCUUGUAUCUUUGUAGACAGAAUAAUCCAGCGUUCUGGACAUCAGAAACGAAUUGAGAAAGUUACCCUGUUAGCCGAGGACCCUGGAAAGAAACUCUCCGACUCCCCCAAAGAUAGGAUCAUAAGAAGAGCCGCUCUGGAAUUCAGUGAUGGAAUGUUUGCUAACCUUGGUAUUGGUAUUCCAAUGAUGGCAGCUAAUUACAUCUCUGGCAUAACUGUAACAUUGCAAAGUGAAAAUGGAAUUCUUGGACUGGGACAAUUUCCAAGGGCUGGUGAGCAGGACCCAGACUUGAUAAACGCUGGAAAACAGACCGUAACUCUCCUUCCCGGAUCAAGUCUAUUUUCUAGCGACACAUCCUUUGGAAUGAUCAGAGGGGGUCAUGUGGAUUUAACUAUGUUGGGAGGGCUACAAGUGUCCGCUAACGGUGACCUAGCUAACUGGAUGAUACCUGGUAAGAUGGUGAAGGGUAUGGGUGGAGCUAUGGACCUCGUUGGAUCUCCAGGAACCACGGUGGUAGUUACCAUGGAACACACCGCACGUGGAUCUCACAAGAUUCUUCCAGAGUGCACUUUGCCCCUCACAGGGACUCAAGUUGUCGACAAGAUCAUCACUGAAAAGUGUGUAUUUAACGUUGUUAAAGACGUCGGGCUAGUUUUGGAAGAAAUAGCAGAAGGAGAGACGUUAGAUUCGAUAAAAGAAGCAACCUCUGCCCCAUUCGAGGUAUCUCCAGAUUUAAAGCCCUUGCAACAAAUCAAGAUGUAAUGAGCUAUGGAAUUCCAACCCCUCACCCACUUUAAUGUAACGGACUAUCUGACCUGUAUAUUAUAAACUUUAUGUUAUAAACUGGUAACUGUUUAUUGUUUUCAGAUAGUAUAGUAUGAUCUUUUUAACUUGGUUCUCGAAGGAACAAGUAUUGCAGCAAAUUUUUGUGAAUACAUACUGUGAAAAUUAUUUUUAUUUCAAAAUAUUUGGGAGGUCUAUUUUUAUUUUUGUUGGUCCUUAUUUAUAAGAUGAAAUGACCAAGUUUAACAUAGUAUAUAGUAGUAUAGCUAAGUAUAGUUCAAGUUGAGUUUGGAUUAAACCAUAUUUUUGUACAGAAUAUUUUAUGGAUAUUCAUGGAAGUUUGUAAGUAAGCUACUGUAAGGAAUUGUGAUCGAUUUAUACAUUAUCAUAAUAAUGUUUUAAUUAGAUACUCAAAUUUGAAUUAUAUAGCUAAAAUUCAUAGUACAAAACAGUGAAAUUUGGGUCGCGGAGACGACAGAAAAGCUUCUCUUCAAAAAUCUUCCAAAAUCUCAUUUUAUGUUUUGAUGAUAUUCCGUUUAUCUAAGUGCUAAGCUUUAUUUGGGAAUAGAACUUCCAGUACCAC